GAUGAAACUUGUUUAGAAUUUGAACACAUAUUUCCACUUGGUUUAAAAGAAGUUAUCUCUGCAUUGGUUCCAUUGUGCCAAGCAGUGCAACAUAUUACCAUUGACUGUCAUGAGUUAGAUUUGUAUAUUCCUGCACAUGACACAAGACCUUUCAUUCCAAUGAGAUCAGUCCUCACCGUUUGCAUUAGCUACAGGUACUCCGGAUCCCCGGAUACACCAAUCCUAUCGAUUCUCAGUGAUUGUUUUCCAAAUGCAAAGAGUCUUGAGCUAUCUGGCGACAGUAGAGAUUUCACACACACUCGGAAAUACCAUUCCGACCCCCCACUGUCUUCCUGGAGACAGGUAAAAUUAGACUUGCGGAACGGACACCCAAGAGACUUCGUCACUCUGGAGACCAUCUUCCUCUCCCUUUCUUCUGCCUGUCAAAACAUAGAAUCACUCUUCAUCAAAAGCCGUAAAGCUUUCCAAUGGGGCAAGUCAAGCACAACCAUCAAAGCAUGUAAACUACCUUUUCUGACUGAUAUCCAUCUUGAAACUCGGCGUGAAGAGCACUAUACACUUCAACUGAUAAAAUACUUGCUAUAUGACGUGAAUCCUGGUUUGAAGUUUGUCAAAGUAGAAAGUGUACAGCUAGGAAACGUAGUAUUGGAGAGUGUUGAAUGGUCCCGAACAUCUUCAGAUUGUGGGUUGCAAAUUAAAGGAGCAUCAGCGGCUGUACCCAUAACUGAGUUGAUUGAUCUUACAACUAGUGACCUUAAAGAGGUUACCGUCUUAACACUUGUCAGUUGCGAGAUUGAUUUUUGUCAGUCUGAAAGUAAGUCCCUGCAAAGCCCGAAGGAAGUUGGUACACUGCGGGAAAUCAGGUUCGUUGGUUCAGAAAACCCACUUUCCGAAUCUGACAGGAACAAGCUUUCGGAGUUGUAUCCUAAUGUCAAAGUGACUGAAAACCAGGAGAGCCAGGAAUCAUCUGAAGAAUCUCAGGAGGGUGCAGGGAUACCAUCCAAGUUGGACAAAGCCUCCUCUCAAUCACUCAAGACAUCUGCCAUAGAUGAACUUGUUGAGGAAAAGGUCGAAUUUCAUGAAGAUGCAGGCUCAAAGAACCCUGAAGGUGGAGAAGAAGAAACCUCAUGGCAAGAAAAAGAAGAGGAAUUUGACGUCAACCAAGGAAGCCUGCCCAAUGAAUCAGUACCUGAUGAAGGAGAUGUCAAAACAACCAAAGAGUGCUGCAAAAGAUUUGGAGCUGAUGGUGGCAAACUGCAACUAGAGUCCUUUGGGAUUGAACUUGAGAUACCUCCUGGUGCAAUCGACAGCAAAGAGCCACAGGAAAUCUCUCUUCAUGUUCUGACCGAUACUCCUAAUCUGGGUGACACCAAAGACGAGAUGUCAGUCUGCUUUGGUGUCCAGUGCUUAGCUCCUGAUGACUUAGUUCUUAAGUUACCGGUGACUUACACAAUACCUCAUUGCGCUGUUGCAAUACGGUACUCCGGUUUAAAGGCAGUCUUGUACUCAGGAGAGGGGGAAUACUCACCUCAUGCAGUUUUUACAGAACGGAAAGUACUCUCAAGGUCUGGAAUACCCAGUUGUAACAUUAUGAAGGACGUGCUCGAACUCAAGAUGGAUCAUUUUUCGUGGGCGAAGAUUAAGAUCGGGAUUAAGAGCUUCUUCUUCCGCGGAAAGAAGAUGGGCUGUUGGCCAUUUAAACAGAUGAACCUGCCCCUAGCCAAGACACCCGUCAUCUUACAUGUACACCUUUAUGACGAUGUGAAAGGGAACAAAAAGGUAGUGAGAGAGGAUGAAGAGGAAAUGAAAUUUACUCCUGCUCAUAUCGAACAAAAUGUCUUCAUCAAGAAGGUAGCAGUUGAUCUUGAAAUGGGAUGCUAUGUCGAGAAGAAGAAAAUCGGAGAUAUUGCUGUCGUAUCAUUCGAUAGACUAACAAGUGGAACCAGGAUUUGUCAGCCAUUUGAACUGGAUUUCAGUAAUCAUCCAGACAAUAUUGCAGUAUUACUUCAAGCAGGACAAACCAAGAAACUGGAGGUCGAAUGUUUAUUCCCAUUAGACUUUCCCAGUCCUCAGAAAGCAGAAAAGGCUACGCAACAUGAUACAGGAGUAGAACAGAGUGCAACAAGUUUAAAGACCGUGCAGACAUCAAUUCAAAGAAGAGAGGGAACCUUAGGGAUCAAUCCAACUAGAGAGAGGGACUUUGAUGACAUCUUGAAAACCAUUGCAGAUAAAGUUGGCACACGAAAAGAGAUAGAUGAUCUGGGAAAGUCUCUUUGCUUUGGACCAGAGGAUAUCGGCCGUUUCGUUGAGGAGAACAUGAAAGAGACAGGAGUGUCGUAUAUGGGAACUCUUUCAAUGCUCCGUAAGUGGAGGAAGAAGCAAACAAAAAAUACAGAGCUGAAAGCCUUGCAGACUGCUCUAAAAGAGGCUGGUCAAAUCCAUCUCGCUGCUGAACUAUUUGGUGACUGACUUAAUGGACCUCAGGAUUUUUUUUGGUCUAUGAACUAUGUUCAAAGGAGGAUUAAAUAGAGGCAGUCAGUUGGCAGGUCCUCAAAAAGUAGCUUCUUUUAUCCUAGUGAUAUUCAUGAUUAGAGGGUGUUUGCAUUAUUUUCAUGCAACCGAAGUUGUUGUUUUAUACUUAAUUUCUGUUUGAGCCUAAAUGAUCUUAAAAGCUUUUAAGACGAGAAGCUUUAGUUUGAUUUAGGUUUUAUAAGAAGAGGUG